ACGACCAAGCAGAAGCAGCCAUCGAUCAUACGUCGCGAAGCCAGCCAUCGAUCAUACGUCGCGAAGCCAGCCAUGGACGACGCCGCCGGCGUGGCGGCAUCGACAUGAUCGAUGGACACCCUCUUCGUGCUCGGCCAGGAGUCCCGACUGCGCAUCCUCCAGCAGGCGGCGGCGCGUGUCCCCGGCUGUGCCUACCUCUGCGCCUGGGCGCCCCUCCCUGCCCAGCCGGCUUCUUCGUCCUCAUCAUCCUCAGCUGCCACCAGCGCCCGCCUGUUGUGCUGCCUGGACGCAUGGCUCUGCAACGGCGGAGCUGGCCGCGGUGACGGCGGCCGCGCGCGCUUGCUUUUCGACGAGUACCGGCGGUCGCUCUGUGCGGCCGUCAGCGGGUGUGUGCCGGGGUGGGCGUACAACGACGGCCGCGCGUACAUAGAGCUGCCGGCGCACGACCUGACGUCCUCGGCGUCGCUGCCGGUGCAGCUUCAGUUCUACCAGGAAGCUGGCAUUAAGAUGGCGGCCUUCAUGGGAUGCGAAAGCGGCGAGAUCGAGGUCGGCAUGUCGACGGCGGCAAGCGGGUCGCCGAUAAGCUUGGAGGCGAGCUUGCAGCAGGUCUUUUCGGAGGACUUCUUCCAACAGUCGCUGCUCGAGGAGCUGCUGCACCUGCCGCCGACGCGGCCGUCGUCGCCGUCCUCCUCCCUGCCGUCCGUCUCCGUGGACAGCCCCGCGGCCGAGGGCUCGACGUCGCUCCUCCGCACGAUGGCCGUGACUUCGGCCGCCACUUCAUCCUCUGUAGAGCGGAAGGUGCCGGUGCCGCUGCUGCUCCACCCACGUCCGCCGCUCCCCGUCCCCUUCGGCCGGCAUGGCCACGUGCACUUCCCGAGCGCCGAGGCCGACGACGCCGCGAUGGCGCAGGCGAUGCUCGCCGUCAUCUCCGCCACGUCGUCCUCGGCGCUGCUGACUUCGUCCACGACGACGCCUCCUCCGGGCAACCACCGCGCGUGCCGGUCUCCGCGGCGUCUGUGCUUUACGGCGUUCCGGCCGUACAACGCGGCCUUUGCGCUGAGGGCGCCGCGGCGGCUGCCGGGCAAGCCCGGGCAGCGGAUGAUCAAGAUGGGCAUAUCGAUUCUGAGGAGGAUGCACAUGCUUCGGUUCAGCCGGGAGAGCACCACCGGCGCCGCGAUGGCGCAGCCACCGGCGCCGACGAGUAGCCAGCUGAACCAUAUGAUAUCGGAGCGGAGGCGGCGGGAGAGGCUCAACGAGAGCUUCGAGGCGCUUAGAGGGUUGCUCCCUCCGGGAUCAAAGAAGGACAAGGCUACCGUCCUUGCCAAGACGCUGGAGUACAUGAACAUUCUGGUAGCCCAGAUCGCCGAUCUCGAGGCGAGGAACCGAAGCCUCCAGACCCGAGCUAACCAGCGUGCCAAUGGCGGCUCCAAGGAAAGGUCGUACUCGUCGGAGCAACAAGUGGUGCUCCAGGCCGGUCUAAGCGGCACGCCAGAGAGGGUGCAAGUCCACGUGAGCGGUGGCGCCUCGACGUCGUCGUCGUCGUCGUCAGGGCCUCGAGAGGUGACUGUACGGGUGGCGGAGGGCGAUGUGUCGGAGCUGGUGGCCCGUGUGCUCGCGGCGAUCAAGGAGAUGGGGUGUUUCACGGUGGUGGUCGUCGACGCCAGGCGAGCGAGCGAUGGCAUUGCUCAGGCCACCUUUACACUGCGAGCAACGGCGGCUGGUGAAUUUGACGAGGCGUCGUUGAGGGAAGCAGUGACGAAGGCUGCCGAGGAUUCGGCGACACCGCCGUCAGACUACUCGUAGACUCGCCGGACGCCGGUUUUGACCAGAACCCCCGGCCCGAGCAUGGGCAUGGCCGGACACCGGCCAGCCACCCGGGAUGGAUCAUACCAUGGAUGCGAACUUGAGCCCUGGCGCCCAGCUAGCAGCAGUGGUGACGAUGCAGCUACGUACUACAAGUUAGGAGUCGCUAGGGCACAAGGGCCGUGCAUGGCUUUUCUUUUUGUUUUAGAUACCCUCUUCUACUUGAACUAGGAUUCCUACGUCGCUGAUGCAUGAAAUCAUACUGAUCUCACACGUCAACAACAAAGUCAUCGUAACGUCGAUCUCAGGAAUCUGGAUUCCUUCUGCUUGCCAGGCCCUGUGCUCCUUUUUCUUCUUCUACUUGUUGGCGAUGGACUUUUCUUGUGUUCAUUGAGCUUUUUUCUUUUUCCGGCAAAAUUAGUUCACGGACGUCCAAGUUAAUUUCUGUCUCUCUUUUGCUGCGUGUCAUCCUACCCCACAUGGUAAUUUGGAAUACAUUAAUACCUCUGAUUGUAACUUGGAUCAGAAGAAAAGUAGUCAGAAAAACACAAACAGUC